AUGCUCACUUCCCUGCCCCGCUCCUCAGAAGUUUCACUGAUUCUCGGACCUCAGAUCAGUACCUACAAGCAUGCAACUCUCUCCCAGAGCCUUGCCUUUGACAAGCUAUUCAGUGAGUCAGAUAAGCCAAUCAAAGUUGAAGGUGUCACAGCCUGUGCACUCUCCCCUGUAUCUGGACGCUACUUGGUUCUUUGCGACGACUGCAAACGAGUCCUGGUCUUCGAAUCAGUAGACGGUGUUUGGAGCUAUCGUGGUGAAUACAAAGUGCCGCGAAGGGCAAGUUGUGCCGCAAUCACGCCAGAUGACUCCUGUAUACUCGUUGGGGAGAAAGGAGGAUAUGUGCACACGUACAACUUGAGCGAACUGAACACUGCUCAGGCAGCAGCUGGUGAUGAAGAUGAGGGUGAUUUAAUGCUGGGACAUCUCUCUCUUCUCACAUGCCUUGCAGUAAGUACCGAUGGAAAGCUGAUGGCAACCGCUGAUCGGGAUGAAAAGAUUCGAGAUGGAACUUUGCGUUUGUGGGAGGCUCCAACGGGCGCUGAAUUGGACUGUUUGAAGCUGGAUCCUCACCUGAAGGAGUUUGGUGACUGCAACACCACAGAAACUGCUGAAGCGUUUCUGGCAAUACGCUUGUGCUCCAUUGAAGGUCUCAUCAUCGUAGGCAUUCGCUCCCAAAACUGCCUCCUGGCUGUAUCAAUGAGUAGACACGAAGGACAAGUUCGUUUCAAACGUUCUGUUGUCUCUGGAAGUGCUGUUGUAUCUGGUGUGUCUUUCAAGUCUGGCGAUCGCCUCCUUGACUGCACUCUGGUAAACUACGAACCAACGAAGAGCACGGCGGAUGUUAUCACCUUGAUGGAGCCAACUUUGAAGAUAACUAUGUGUCUAUUGCGUAUCCCGGCUGAUGAAGACGAUACUCCAGCUCAAUGGAGUAAUGUGAGUUAUAAGUCAGUAGUUACGAAAAAUUACUCACAACGUAUCAUUAUUAAUUGA